AUGCCAAUGUGCCUCUAUAUAACAUUACCUCCAGAAUUUCCUAAUGAAAAACCUAGUAUUAGGGUGCAACCGCCAGUGAAACAUGGUUGGGUCAGUAAUAAUACUGAUAUUGAUAAAGCACCUGGAUUACUUAAUUUUACAGCACAUUCCGAUCUUGGCAGAGUUGUUCAAGUUAUAAUUAGGGAAUUUCAAAUUAGGCCACCAAUGGUUGUGGGUUGUUUUUCAAAUUCAAUUGGUAAAUUCAUAUUGCCUAGAAAUUAUAAUUUUGUUUCUUCCUUUCCCGAAUUGAUAUCUCUAAGUAAUGAAGAAUUGCAAUUGUUAAAUAGUAAUCCGGAUAAAUUAGAUGAUUUUGUUAGUUCGCUUAAACCCUGCAUAGAUUUUAAUAAAUUAAUCGAAUCUAGAUUUCAAGAUGUUGAAACUCUUGCUAAAAAUAAUUUAAGCAAACAAGGGAAAUUGGAAAAUGUGAAAAAACAGAUAUUUUCACAAAUGGAACAAGCGAAAGAGUUGAAAAAAUCAUUCGAAAUUAAAAGUAAAGAAUUUGAAAAUUUAAGUCAAAAAUAUCAACCCCUCAACAUCUGUCACGUUUUAAGAUUGGAAGCUAUUAACAGUGAUGAAGAAUCAGAAAUAAUUGCAGAAAAAUUUUUAAAUAAAGAAAUAGAUAUUGAAAAAUUUCUACUCGAAUAUGUGGAAAAAAGAAAAAUAAGUCAUAUUAGGAAAACAAAAGAAGAAAAAUUAAGCAAUCAAUUAAAAGAAUUACAAAGAGCCAAUUAUUAA